UUUUAGGGUUCUUCAUUUUCUCUCGAGCUGUGAGGUAGGUUUUUGGUGUGCGCCAAGAGAUCGAUCUAUGGGGCAGGGUCAAUCGGGAUUUCCCAGGCAGGGCGGGCCGCCCGGAGAUCGCAGGCAGGAGGACAAGAAGGAGAAGAAGUAUGAGCCAGCAGCUCCGCCGACUAGGGUUGGGCGGAAGCAGCGCAAGCAGAAGGGCCCCGAGGCAGCGGCACGCCUUCCUUUCGUCACGCCGGCCACCAAAUGCAAGCUCCGGCUUCUCAAGCUCGAGAGGGUCAAGGAUUACUUGCUCAUGGAGGAAGAGUACGUGACGAAUCAAGAGCGCUUGAAGCCGCAGGAGGAUAAGAAUGAGGAGGACAGAUCCAAGGUCGAUGAUCUCCGAGGAUCGCCCAUGAGCGUGGGGAGCUUGGAGGAGAUCAUUGAUGAGAACCACGCUAUUGUUUCGUCGUCGGUCGGGCCAGAGUACUAUGUCAACAUUCUUUCGUUUGUGGACAAGGACCAGCUUGAGCCCGGGUGUGCGAUCCUCAUGCACAAUAAGGUUCUCUCCGUUGUUGGAUUGUUGCAAGACGAAGUCGAUCCUAUGGUGUCGGUGAUGAAAGUCGAAAAAGCUCCGCUAGAGUCUUAUGCCGACAUCGGGGGCUUGGAUGCCCAGGUACAAGAGAUCAAGGAAGCCGUCGAGCUGCCACUUACGCAUCCGGAGCUGUACGAGGACAUUGGAAUCAAACCUCCCAAGGGAGUGAUACUUUAUGGCGAACCUGGAACUGGCAAAACGCUCCUGGCAAAGGCUGUUGCAAACUCCACAUCUGCAACGUUCUUGCGUGUUGUUGGCAGCGAGCUUAUUCAAAAGUAUUUGGGAGACGGUCCUAAGCUUGUUAGGGAGCUCUUUCGCGUUGCGGACGAUCUUUCUCCGUCCAUUGUGUUCAUUGACGAGAUUGAUGCUGUUGGAACGAAAAGGUAUGAUGCACACUCUGGUGGAGAGCGCGAAAUUCAGCGGACCAUGCUUGAGCUGCUGAACCAGCUCGAUGGUUUCGAUGCUCGGGGUGACGUGAAAGUUAUCCUAGCGACGAACCGCAUCGAAAGCUUGGACCCUGCGUUGCUUCGACCCGGUAGAAUUGACCGGAAAAUCGAGUUUCCUUUGCCGGAUAUCAAAACCCGACGACGCAUUUUUCAGAUCCAUACAUCGAGAAUGACACUCUCUGACGAUGUGAACUUUGAAGAGUUUGUGAUGACGAAGGAUGAAUUCUCUGGAGCUGACAUCAAGGCAAUGUGCACUGAAGCUGGGCUUCUGGCACUAAGAGAACGGCGGAUGAAGGUAACUCAAGCUGAUUUCAAGAAGGCGAAAGAGAAGGUCAUGUACAAGAAGAAAGAAGGCGUCCCGGAGGGCCUGUACAUGUAAAUAGCCAUCCCAGCUUUGCAGGAGCGCACAAGAAGAGAAAAGAGUCACGCCGGGCAGUAGACAGCCGCCUGCAAAAGCAUAGGUAUUUUACUCUCUCGCGCGCAGCACCGGCCUGGCUAGACUUUUCUUUUGAGCUUUCUUUAUUUUCCCCUUGUUAUAAGGCUUUCUCACUCGCACUUUGAAAGGCUAAAGCACGGUUUGAAAGCU